AUGGCUGGAAGGCUGCCAGCUUGUAUUAUUGACAAUGGAACCGGGUAUACUAAAAUUGGUUAUGCUGGAAACACAGAACCUCAGUUCAUCAUUCCGUCGGCUAUUGCCGUGAAGGAGAAAGUGGGCGGUCAGCGAGCAACUUCUGGACGUAUCGAUGAUCUCGAUUUUUUCAUUGGGGAUGAAGCUCUAUCUCCUGCAGCUGCUAAUUAUUCUGUUAAGUAUCCGAUCAGGCAUGGCAUUGUUGAGGACUGGGAUCUUAUGGAAAGGUUUUGGGAGCAGUGCAUCUUUAAGUACUUGCGCGCUGAGCCAGAAGAUCAUUUUUUUCUGUUGACGGAGCCACCUUUGAAUACACCAGAAAAUCGCGAGUUUCUUGCUGAAAUUUAUUUCGAGUCGUUUAAUGUUCCUGGACUCUACAUUGCAGUACAAGCGGUGCUCGCUUUAGCAGCAUCGUGGCAAAGCCGUGACGUUUCGCAACGCUCGCUUACUGGCCUGGUCGUAGAUAGUGGUGAUGGAGUUACUCACUGCAUACCAGUUGCGGAAGGUUACGUCAUUGGUUCUUGCAUCAAACAUAUUCCUAUAGCUGGAAGGGACAUUACUUACUUUAUACAGCAGAUUCUUCGUGAACGAGAGCCAAACAUACCUCCUGAGCAGAGCUAUGAAGUUGCUAAAGCAAUAAAGGAAAAAUAUUGUUAUGUCUGCCCUGACCUCCUUCGAGAGUUCACAAAGUACGAUUCUGAUUCAGCAAAAUGGAUGAAGGUAUACAAUGGGGUGAACAAUGUGACGAAAAAGCCGUUUGAUGUGGAUGUUGGAUAUGAACGUUUUCUGGGACCUGAAAUAUUCUUUCAUCCAGAAUUUGCUAAUCCGGAAUUCACCAUUCCUAUUUCUGAAACUGUCGACAUGGUAAUUCAACAGUGUCCCAUCGACGUACGACGUGGUUUGUAUGAAAAUAUCGUCUUAUCAGGUGGUUCAACAAUGUUUAAGGAUUUUGCGCGAAGAAUGCAAAGAGAUAUCAAGCGUAUAUCUGAUGCCAGGCUUCCUAAACCAAUUGAAGUGCAAGUAGUUUCGCACAAGAUGCAGCGCUAUGCAGUUUGGUUUGGGGGAAGCAUGCUUGGCUCUACCUCGGAAUUUUACCAAGUUGCUCAUACAAAGGCAGAAUAUAUGGAGAAAGGUCCAAGUAUUUGUCGGCAUAACGCAGUUUUCGGUGCUCUUACGUAA